UCGCCAUCUUCCCUGCUAUAGUUGUUCUCUAGCCGCCUUGAGGAUGAAUGGGGACUUGAGGUGUGUGCGUGGGGGAGAGAGAAAGAGAGAGAGAGAGAAAACCGGUUGAACAGGUAAAACGUGGAGGCAGGUCUGGCUGGGGUUUGUUGUCACCGUUAUUUCCAGGCGCAUGCGCGCUGCCACCUGUUUCCUCCUGAAAUGUGUAGCCUACCUGCGCCGCACUCCACCUUUGAAAUUCACCUCGACUGAACGCCUCGGCAUAUUUCCUACACCGUGCUCCGUUAGCAGAGGCCGCUCGGAACGGGAUAUUUAGAGCUCUGGGACUUUCUGGAAGCUAGAGGGGACACUGGGACUAAGACUUUUCUUGGGACAAUCUACGAGAACCUGUAUCCUAUAGGUGGAAAAGUUUACAAAGGGAAUCCGGAGGAAGGAGAGAACAGAGGGAGGACAGAAACUCUCCAAGAUUACUCUUUUUUACAUGCUCACCUGACGCCCCCGACUAGGCCAAAGACUUUUAUUAUUUUUUCUCUCCUGUACAGACAGUUUUUAUUCUGAUUAACAAAUAAUUGCACAGCCUGGAGCUCGGUUGUUACUUCAGUAGGAGAUAGCGGAGAUCAACGCACACCAUGCCGCGAGCUUUCCUCGUGAAAAAGCCUAGUGUUUCACCGGGCAAGAGAAGCUGGAGUGACCUGCCUGACCAUGAGCGAGGAGACAUCUACAUACCAGUGUCUGUGACCCCUCCAAUUCUAUGGGAAGAGACAGAGGCCAGUGUAGCAGAAGUGGCCCUGUGUUUGUCCACUCGCAAAGAACACAUCAUGUGCACUCAGAAGUACACGCAGGACCAGCACACAGUGGUUUCUACAGCUGAACUGCCUUCCUGUACAUCUCUAGGACAGCAUCCCAGUCCAGAGACAGAGCGCAUAAGGAGUUCACAGAACAGCUCAUAUGUCCGCUCCAAAAUCAAGGUGACCACUGGUGAUCCCCCUGUCGAAGCUUUUCCAACCAUUCCAAGUGUAGCAACUGCUUCUCCUGAUGCUGUCUCAAGCCUCAGCCCAGCAAGCAGCUCUGGCACAUCUUCAGCACCUUCAACCCCUGUACCGAGUGGGAAGUUUGUGUGUCAGGUGUGCCAGAAGGUGUUUCAGUUUCAGCGUAUGCUCAACAGACACCUAAAGUGCCACAGUGAACAGAAAAGGCAUCUUUGCACUUUCUGCGGAAAGGGCUUUAACGACACCUUCGACCUCAAGAGGCAUGUCCGCACACACACAGGUGUUCGUCCGUAUAAAUGUAAUCUGUGCGAGAAAGCCUUCACGCAGCGCUGCUCUCUGGAAUCACACAUGAAGAAGAUCCAUGGCGUGACCCAGCAAUAUGCCUACAAGGAGCGGCGCACCAAGCUGUAUGUCUGCGAGGAGUGCGGUCACACCGCACCUACCCAGGAUUCACUGCUGCGCCACCUGCACACCCAGCAUCCAAACAGUGCCUUCUUGCGGGCCAAGGCUGCACGAAGGCAGGCUGGGGCAGCAGGUGACGCUGCUCUGGAAGAAAACUCCCUGCCUGGUUCUCCUUUAUCCCUGAACAGUGAUGACACAGCAGGAUCAGAAAUGUAGAAAUGUAUGUAUUUAGAUUUAAUUUAGGCCAGUAAGGGAGACUCCUGGAAUUCCUGCAAUUUUGUGUAACCUCAUUUAAAUGGAAUAUUAUGUAGGAAGAAAAGAAGGAUCAGAAACAAAAGUAGAGAGAAAACUAAAAGAUACACUAAAUAUACAUAUUUGUCUUUCAUUGUCAUGCUAUACUACAUUAAUUCACUGACUGUGUUUUAAACAGCUGAGACAGCUGUAGUUUACACUUACACUACAGAUGAGAGCUGGUUCUUCCCUUUGAAAUGAGUAGAUGACAAAAUGGUACAUGAUACUUAUUUUCUACUUGAGUUUACAUCAAUAUUUUGCUUUCUUUGAGAGAAACAAGUAAAAUAUCACAGAUGUAUAUGCAAUAAAUGUUCUGAUUUUUUUACUCAGGGCAGACACAGUUAUACAGAAGUGCCUUACUUUUCUUAUGUUUUAUUUUUUCCUUUUCUUUGGAUGUGAGGAAUAUUGAAGGGGAUUUUUGGUCAAUGAUUAUUGAUGUUUGUACAGACUUGACAGAUGUGUUGUAAAAAAUAAGAUUUCUAUUUAUACCAGGGGGUUUGUAAUGUUCUUGGUGGAGUUUCUCCUUUGUUCCAGAUUUUAUACAUUUAAAAUAACGUGUAAUGCAUUGUAUGUAUUUUGGACAUGUUUUGACUGUUUUGAAAGGUUGCACAACAAUUAAUGCUGGUUUGUCUUCAUACCACAUAUUCUGACAAUAUCGAAAGAACGCACAACAUUUAAAGCUAGUUUGUCUUAAAGCCACAUAUUCUAAACAGAAGCAGAUGAAUAUAUAAAUAUAUUCUAUUCUAUAUAAAAGGUAUUGAUUUGAAUGUGCUUUCUAAACAGGAAAAUAAAUGUGUCCCUUUAUUUUAUGCUA